UGAAACGCUCCCACGAGGCGCAAAGAACUCAGCAUCAUGACAGAAGAGGAGGUGCGGUUUGAAGGGAUAUUUUUUCCUAAACAGAUUCUCUCGCCUGAAAUGCUGCAAGAGGUGAGGGAGGAAUUUACAUUUAAAGAGGAAGAUGUUUUAAUACUGACUUUUCCCAAAUCAGGAACCAACUGGAUGAUUGAAAUCAUCUGCCUGAUUCUCUCCAAGGGGGAUACCAAGUGGAUCCAGUCUGUACCCAACUGGGAUCGCUCGCCCUGGCUAGAGAGUAUCUCUGGGUAUGAAAAUCUCAAGAACAAGGAAGGCCCACGCCUCAUCAGUUCCCACCUCCCCAUCCAACUCUUCCCCAAGGCUUUCUUCAAGUCCAAGGCCAAGAUGAUUUACAUCAUCAGAAAUCCCAGAGAUAUUAUUGUGUCUGGUUAUUUUUUCUGGAAGUCUACAAAUUUAGUUAAGAGACCAGAGUCACUGGAACAAUAUUUUGAAUGGUUCAUCCAAGGAAAUGUGCCCUAUGGAUCAUGGUUUGACCACAUUCGUGGCUGGUUGCCCAUGCGAGACAAGGAGAACGUCCUGAUACUCAGCUAUGAAGAGCUGAAACGGGACACGAGAAGCGCCGUAGAGAAAAUCUGCCAGUUCCUGGGGAAGAAGCUAGAACCCGAGGAACUGAGCUCGGUCGUCGAAAACAGCUCCUUCCAGGUCAUGAAAGAAAACAACAUGUCCAAUUUUUCCCUCCUGAAGGGUUUGCAUCUUGGGGACACUGGAUGUCUUUUGAGAAAAGGCACUCCUGGGGACUGGAAAAACUACUUCACGGUGGCCCAAGCCGAAGCCUUUGAUAAACUAUUCCAGGAGAAGAUGGCAGAUCUUCCUCAAGAGCUGUUCCCAUGGCAAUAAUGUUCACAAACUUCCCAAUCCUCUAUGGAUAUUGAUAUUCGCUCACCUGUCCUUGCACAUGUGAAUGAUGGGGGCUAAUUACACAAAAACCUCUUGUUUCAUCCU